AUGUGCAACGGCGCGUUGAUGCCUGUGUUCUCCCUCUUGUUUGGCGACUUCGCUAGUGCGUCUGCUGGUGGCCUUGACGGGUUCAUGGAUAGAGUCGUCACUGUUACGUGGCAGAUGUGUAUCCUCGCUGGCGUUGCCCUUGUUACAGGAGCUAUAUUCAAUACUUGUUUCACGUACUUCUCUGAGAAUCAGGCAUCUCGUCUGAGAGUAAAGUAUUUGCAAGCAGUGAUAGGUCAAGACAUAGCAUGGUUCGACAUGAGGACCCCUGCGGCAAUCCCGUCGCGUAUGGCUGAGGACGUCCUCAAGGUUCGUGAUGCUAUUGGUUCCAAAGCAUCUAUGUGCUGUGUGAACAUUGCCAUGACGGUUGUUGGGUAUAUAAUAGCCUUCUACAGAGGAUGGCAGAUCACCCUCGUUAUGAUGAGUUCUCUACCGCUUAUCAUGAUUGCCGGCUUCCUCAUGGCGAAGACUAUGUCAAGCCUUUCUUCGAAGGGUCAGACGCAGUACGCUGCAGCUGGUGCAGUAGCAGAGGAGGUACUCGGAUCGGUGAAGACCGUAGCUGCAUUCGGUGGGGAGAAGCGCUCUAUGGUGAAGUAUGCUCUCGUUGUUAAAGAUGCACUGAGAUCUGGAAUACGCGGGGGCAUUUUUCGAGGGCUUUCUAUUGGCUUUACUAUGGCAGUCUAUCUGGACAUAUGCUCUUACCUUUUGGUAUGGUGGUUCUCUGAUUCGUGA